GUGGACGAGCAGGAGACGCCGCUGCCGCGCUCCUGGAGCCCCAAGGACAAAUUUAGCUACAUCGGCCUCUCGCAGAACAACCUGCGCGUGCACUACAAAGGUCAUGGGAAAACUCCAAAAGAUGCUGCUUCUGUUCGAGCUACACACCCUAUACCUGCAGCCUGUGGAAUAUACUAUUUUGAAGUUAAAAUUGUCAGUAAGGGAAGAGAUGGUUACAUGGGAAUUGGGCUUUCGGCACAGGGUGUGAACAUGAAUAGACUACCAGGUUGGGAUAAACACUCAUAUGGUUACCAUGGAGAUGAUGGACAUUCGUUCUGUUCCUCUGGAACCGGACAACCCUACGGCCCAACGUUUACUACGGGUGACGUUAUUGGUUGUUGUGUCAACCUUAUCAAUAAUACCUGCUUCUACACAAAGAAUGGACACAGCUUGGGCAUCGCUUUCACAGACUUACCGCCAAACUUGUACCCUACAGUAGGCCUUCAAACACCAGGAGAGGUUGUGGAUGCUAAUUUUGGACAACAUCCAUUUGUAUUUGAUAUUGAAGACUACAUGCGAGAAUGGAGAACCAAAAUUCAAGCACAGAUUGACAGAUUUCCCAUAGGAGAUCGGGAAGGAGAGUGGCAGACAAUGAUUCAGAAAAUGGUCUCAUCUUACUUAGUUCACCAUGGAUACUGUGCAACAGCAGAGGCAUUCGCCAGGUCCACAGACCAGACUGUGCUAGAAGAAUUAGCUUCCAUUAAAAAUAGACAAAGAAUUCAGAAAUUGGUUUUAGCAGGAAGAAUGGGAGAAGCCAUUGAAACAACACAACAGUUGUAUCCAAGUUUACUAGAAAGAAAUCCUAAUCUCUUAUUUGCAUUAAAGGUGCGCCAGUUCAUAGAGAUGGUGAAUGGUACUGACAGCGAAGUGCGGUGUUUGGGAGGCCACAGUCCAAAAUCUCAAGAUAGUUACCCUGUUAGCCCCCGGUCAUUUAGCAGUCCUAGCAUGAGCCCCAGCCAUGGAAUGAAUAUUCACAGUUUGGCAACAGGAAAAGGGAGCAGCACACACUUUUCUGGUUUUGAAAGUAGCUGCAGUAAUGGAGUAAUAUCAAACAAAGCGCAUCAAUCUUACUGUCACAGUAAACACACAACCACCAGCUUGAAUGUACCAGAACUCAACAACAUAAAUGUAUCAAGAUCGCAGCAGGUUAACAGCUACUCCAGCAAUGAUGUAGACAUGGAAACAGAUCACUACUCCAAUGGGGUUGCUGAGGCUUCAUCCAAUGGCUUCCUAAAUGGUAGUUCUAAACAUGAUCACGAAAUGGAAGAAUGUGACACAGAAAUGGAAGUAGAUUCCAGUCAGCUACGGCGGCAGCUCUGCGGCGGCAGCCAAGCGGCUAUCGAAAGAAUGAUCCACUUUGGGAGAGAGUUGCAAGCAAUGAGCGAGCAGCUAAGAAGAGAGUGCGGCAAAAACACAGCGAAUAAGAAAAUGCUGAAGGAUGCGUUCAGUUUACUUGCGUAUUCCGAUCCCUGGAGCAGUCCUGUGGGAAACCAGCUUGACCCGAUACAAAGAGAACCUGUGUGCUCAGUGCUCAAUAGUGCAAUACUAGAGACUCACAAUCUGCCAAAGCAGCCGCCCCUCGCCCUCGCCAUGGGCCAGGCAUCGCAGUGUCUGGGCCUCAUGGCUCGCUCGGGAAUCGGCUCGUGCGCGUUCGCCACCGUGGAGGACUAUCUGCACUAG